ACUCGAAUUUCAAUUAUUAAGUCACCGGCCAUAAUCUUCAGUAUUACACUCGCAUUUUCAUCCACAUUUUCCGUAAUGUUUUCGAAAUCCAUAAAUUGCGGCUGCUUGCUCUACAUUGGCUUAACACUCCUGGCGAUCUCAUCGGUUGCUUCCUACGGACAGAAGAAAUUGGACUGGUGUGAUCAGGCGCUUUGCCCGAAUGGCAAAUGGCAUGUUGCGUGUAAUCACAAUGGUCGCUUUGGUGACAAUUGCCCCGAGGAUGCUAUAAUGUAUGAUCUGCGGCCACAUCGCGAGCACAUAUUGCAUGAACACAAUACACGACGCAAUUUCGUAGCGCUCGGCCAACUGCCCGGUUAUUAUCCAGCCGCACGCAUGGCGACCAUGGUGUGGGAUGAAGAGCUGGCCUAUCUCGCCUCAUUGAAUAUAAAAAUGUGCUAUGUGGAGCACGAUGAAUGCAACAAUUCCUACCGUUUUAAGAGUGUGGGACAAAAUCUCUCUGGUGUCGAUCGGCGACGCGAUCUCGAUGCCAAUGUAAGCGAUAUAAUAGCGAUGUCGAUGGGUUUGUGGUUCGGCGAAUAUCCGCUCAUCGAUAGCAGUUACAUCAGGUCCUUCCGCGUCUCAUCGAAUUUUGAGAAGUAUGGUCACUUUGCGGAAAUGAUGAUCGAUCGCAAUACGCAUGUCGGUUGCGCGAUGUCGAGGUACACACAUCCCGACUAUCCGUUCCUCUACAUCUACAACACGGCCUGCAAUUAUGCCAGCAAGUAUGCGUUGGAAACGCCUGUUUAUCGCGUGGGCGAACCGGCGUCAGAAUGUGAAACCGGCCCCAAUCCGAAUUAUCCAGGCCUCUGCUCGAAACGCGAGAAAUUCAAUCCUAAUUAUGAUUAAUUACCGUUAUGUAUCAUGCAAAACUGAAAACAAAACAAACCAAAUACAAAGUACAAAACAAAUCUCUGAUUAGUUGAUGAAUUGCUGU